AUGGAGGCCUGCAAUUGUAUUGAGCCACAAUGGCCAGCUGAUGAAUUGUUGAUGAAGUAUCAGUAUAUCUCGGAUUUCUUCAUUGCGUUGGCUUAUUUUUCUAUCCCAUUGGAGUUGAUCUACUUUGUUAAAAAAUCUGCAGUAUUUCCAUAUAGAUGGGUUUUGGUGCAGUUUGGGGCAUUUAUUGUUCUCUGUGGAGCAACACACCUGAUCAAUUUAUGGACGUUCACCAUGCACUCAAGAACGGUGGCAGUUGUCAUGACCACUGCAAAAAUUAUGACUGCUGUUGUGUCGUGUGCUACUGCCCUUAUGCUAGUACAUAUCAUCCCUGAUUUAUUAAGUGUCAAAACGAGGGAGCUAUUUUUGAAAAAUAAGGCUGCUGCACUAGAUCGAGAAAUGGGAUUGAUCCGUACGCAGGAAGAAACUGGUAGACAUGUUAGAAUGCUAACUCAUGAAAUCAGAAGCACUCUUGACAGACAUACCAUACUGAAAACCACACUUGUUGAGCUGGGAAGAACGUUGUCCUUGGAAGAGUGUGCGUUAUGGAUGCCAACGCGUACAGGACUAGAGCUUCAACUUUCUUACACUCUACAUCACCAAAACCCAGUUGGAUUUACUGUACCUAUAAACCUUCCAAUGAUCAACCAAGUGUUCAGUACAAAUCGUGCAGUGAAAAUCUCACCAAGUUCUCCUGUGGCUAGACUUCGACCUUCUGGAAAGUACAUGCCUGGAGAAGUGGUUGCUGUGCGUGUCCCACUCCUGCAUCUUUCCAAUUUCCAGAUUAAUGCUUGGCCUGAACUUUCAACCAAACGCUAUGCUUUGAUGGUUUUGAUGCUUCCUUCGGAUAGUGCUAGGCAAUGGCAUGUCCAUGAGUUGGAGCUUGUUGAAGUGGUGGCAGAUCAGGUGGCUGUUGCUCUUUCACAUGCUGCAAUUCUGGAAGAGUCUAUGAGGGCAAGAGAUCUUCUUAUGCAGCAGAAUGUUGCUCUUGAUCUCGCAAGAAGAGAAGCAGAGACGGCUGUUCGUGCUCGUAAUGAUUUCUUAGCUGUUAUGAAUCAUGAAAUGAGGACUCCCAUGCAUGCCAUCAUUGCACUUUCAUCUUUAUUACAAGAAACUGAGUUGACACCUGAGCAACGUCUGAUGGUUGAAACAAUCCUCAAGAGCAGUAACCUUUUGGCUGCACUUAUCAAUGAUGUAUUAGAUCUUUCGAAGCUUGAAGAUGGUAGCCUUCAACUUGAUAUGGGACCUUUUAACCUUCAUGCACUCCUUACGGAGGCCCUCAACUUGAUAAAGCCUAUAGCAUGUGUGAAGAAGUUGUCCAUUACGUUGAGCUUGUCUUCAGAUUUGCCAGAGUAUGCCAUUGGUGAUGAGAAGCGGCUAAUGCAAGUUCUUUUAAAUGUAGUAGGGAAUGCUGUGAAGUUCUCAAAAGAGGGCAGCAUCUCCAUAUCUGCUUUUGUUGCAAAAUCGGAGUAUCUUAGAGAUCCUCAAGCCCCUGAUUUUUUCCCCGUACCAAGCGAUAACCAUUUCUAUUUGCGCGUACAGGUAAAAGAUACAGGAUUAGGAAUUAACCCCCAAGAUAUUCCUAAGCUAUUCACAAAAUUUGCUCAAAAUCAACCUCUGGCUACCAAAAACUCUAGCGGUAGUGGGCUUGGUCUUGCAAUUUGUAAGCGGUUUGUAAAUCUCAUGGAAGGACAAAUUUGGAUUGAAAGUGAAGGUCUAGGCAAGGGAACUACUGCUAUCUUUAUCGUGAAACUUGGAUUUCCUGGACACUCAAAUGAUUCAAGGCUCCCAUUUGUGCCCAGAGUUCCAGGAAAUCAUAUUCUGACAAACUUUUCAGGGCUCAAAGUUGUUGUGAUGGAUGAUAAUAGCGUUGGCCUGAUGGUAACCAAGGGACUCCUUAUGCACCUAGGAUGUGACGUAUUGGCUGUUGGUUCAGCAGACGAGUGCGUGAGAGUUGUUACGCCUGAACACAAGGUGGUUUUUCUUGAUACUAGCAUGCCAGGUUCGGACACCUACAAAGUUGCUGUACGUUUGCACGAGAAAUUUUCGAAACGACUCGAUAGGCCUUUUAUUGUAGCGCUAACGGGGAAUACCGAUAGGAUGGUAAAAGAGAAUUGCUCGAGGGUUGGAAUGGAUGGAGUCGUCCUGAAACCUAUAUCGGUUGAUAAAAUGAGAAGUGUUUUAUCAGAGCUCAUAGAGCAUGGAUUUCUGGUCGAAUAA